GUUGAAUUCAUUCACUCUCUCCCCCUGCCCGUCUCCAUCACUGUCCACACGUACCCCCCCCCCCCUCCCCUCUCUCUACACAUACUCCACUUCCUGUGUCUGAUUCUAAUUUGCCUUUUCUUUUCUUCUCCAAAUUCUGCAAAUUCCCAAGCAUUUUAGGCGUUCUUGAGUCCACAAAAGUUGACCCUUUGUGCUAAAGAUUGAAGCUUUUGCUUAGUGAUUAUCUGAUCUGCUCUGGGUCUGGCCUGGCCUUUCUUUCUUUGGUUCAGAAAGAAUGACUGUGGAGGAAAUUCGAGGGAAUAUGGGGUCUGAGACUGGUAAUUAUGACAACUUCCCAGUUGGUAUGAGAGUCCUUGCUGUUGAUGAUGACCCUCUUUGCUUGAAGUUACUGGAAACUCUGCUCAGGAAGUGCCAGUAUCAUGUAACCACAACAAGUCAAGCAAGAAUGGCAUUGAAUAUGUUAAGAGAAAACAAAGACAGAUUUGACUUGGUGAUCAGUGAUGUUCAUAUGCCCGAUAUGGACGGGUUCAAGCUACUAGAACUUGUUGGUCUGGAGAUGGAUCUUCCGGUCAUCAUGUUAUCGGCAAACAGUGACCCAAAGCUAGUAAUGAAGGGAGUGACGCACGGCGCAUGUGACUAUUUGGUCAAACCGGUUCGCGUUGAGGAGCUGAGAAACAUAUGGCAACAUGUGAUCCGAAGGAAGAGGUUCGACUCCAAGAGCCAAAACCGGUCAGCCGAUCAAGACACGGCACAUUAUGGAGGUGGGGAAGGUGGGGGCCACGGGGGUGCACAAACGGGGUCCACUGAGCAGAACGGGAAGCUCAACAAGAAGAGAAAGGAAGAGGAAGACGAUAGUGAUGACAAUGGACAUGAGAAUGAGGACCCCACGUCACAGAAGAAGCCGAGGGUCGUUUGGUCUAUAGAACUCCACCGCAAGUUUGUUGCAGCCGUUAACCAAUUGGGCAUUGAAAAAGCUGUGCCUAAAAGGAUUCUUGACCUGAUGAAUGUCGAUGGGCUUACACGCGAAAAUGUAGCAAGCCAUCUACAGAAGUACAGGCUGUACUUGAAAAGGAUCAGUUCAGUUGCAACCCAACAGGCCAACAUGGUGGCUGCCUUUGGGGGUAAGGAUUCGGCUUACAUGCGAAUGGGGUCGCUAGAUGGGCUUGGUGAUUUCCGGACACUGGCGGGGACCGGGAGGUUCAUGCAUCCCGCCUUGUCAUCGUACCCACCAGCUGGCAUGCUCGGUAGGCUAAAUGGAGCGGCCGGUGCUGUGAGCAUCCGCAAUAUUAGCGCAUCUUCGCUACUCCCUCAAGGCAUGAGCAAGUCCUUUGGCACUCUUGGGAAGUUGGGUCCCACAACGGUUCCAGCUGUCGGCCAGAGUGGCAGCUGGGUCCCACCAAAUGAGCUGGUCGACCCGUUGCAACAGAGCGACUUCAACUUGUUGGGCGGGCCGAGACUCUUAGGACCUGCUAGCACGACAUUUGCCGACCCCGGUUCGGGUAUCGGGCUGAUUGCGGGAGGAAUCGGUAACCCGCAAACUCUAAACAUCGGCUCUUUAAAUCCCGACCCUCUCCACCUCAGCGUGAGUGGUUCUUCUAACUGUCAUGACCCCACAUUCACAGGGAACGGUUCUUCCCUGGCCCCACAUCUACAGGGCAGCUGCCCCGGGUAUUCUUCCAUCGCGUCUACUUAUGUGGGCCCAGAGCGGUUGGUUGGCGAUGCUGGUCCGAGGAUUAACCAAGUGGCUGGCCAACAAUGGGUAGAGCAUAGUCACAAACGUGAUUUUGGCAAUGUAGCAAGUUCUCGGGUCCCAAUCAACAAUGGUGUGCCGCCAUUGACACGGGCAAGCGGGAAUCAAUGUGAUGACCCGUGUAACAGAUUGAUGGGCACAUCCGGUCAAUCAAACAUCGGGUCUUCGAUGCAGUUGCAAAAUGACAACAAGAAUGGUAGCUUGGCACCGGACUCGCGAGUCGGAUACUUUGACGAUUACCUCUUUGACCAACCGAAACCAAGUUCGGAUUUUCCUUCUCAAGGUUUUGGAUCUCUCGAUGAUCUAUUGAUGAGCUCGGCGAUCAAACAGGAACAAGAUGGAGCCAUACUAGAGGAGGAAUUCGGAUUCGACGCUUUCCCGUUUGGACCGUGUAUAUGACGACACUUGUAUGAGAGAUGUCAAAAAAAAAGUGUUGAUAUGUAGUAGCAGCUCUCUUUAGCCCCUUUUCCUUGUUCAGAUUCUCUUCCCCUUUGAUUCUUUUAGGACUUUUGUUUGAUAAAAAAAAUCCAAACAAGGCCUUGGUGCUAUUAUUCUCAAUCUCUCUAUGCAUUUCUCUUCAAAUUUAGUUUUAUUUGUGUGUUUUAUAAUACUUUUUUAUUUUCUUUUGCAUAAAUUUAACAUGUUUGUAAUACCUUUUUUUUCAUUUUUUUUUGUAAAAUAAGCGAGUUUUAUUUUUGGUUUCUGUUGAGUAAUUAGAGAACUAAGAGUUUAAUGACAACCAAAAUCAUUCAAGAGUUGGGUGUAAUAUUUAGAGUAAUAAACAAGUCAAUAUUGCACAUGCCUAUCUGCUUAUGUCCAAUUAAAUAAUACAGGUAAUCUUAAAUGAGGCCGGUUCCCAUGACAUUGGAAACCAAUGUCAUGAGAUGACCCGGGGAGCUCUGGUGCCCC